UUAUUAAUAAACUGUUAUCCUUGAUAUCACUUUGAUUUAAUAUUCAUAUUUGUAUUUUUAAUUUUAAUGAGCUAUUAAUGAUACCCUUUGUACAUUGAUUUUAUCCAAUCAAAUAGGUACAUACUUUGUUUUUCUAUUAAUUUAUACUAACUUUAUCGUUGUGCUUAUUACUAUAUUAAUUAUAAAUAAAAAUAAAAUGUUAAAAUGUUGAUAAAUAGUGUAACUGAGCUUUAGUGUUUUGUGGUUCAUUCAACUACUUUAUUUCAUAAAUGUUUAUAACUUGAGUCUAUUUAUUUCUUCUUUUUUAAUUUGUAACUUUAUUAAUAAUUAGUGCAGUUCUAUUGUUUAAUAUGCAAUUACAAUAUGACUAUAUUAUCAAGAUCUUCAUAUUACUAUUUAUGCAGUUUUUUUUCUUCUUACAAAUAUAUUACUGUCACUCAAUACCAAAUGAACUAAAGUUUGAUUGUAUACCCAAAGGAAAGUCUGAUGAAAUAACCUGCAAACAAAUGAACUGUUCCUGGACACCGGCAAAUCAAUCUUUUACUCAAUGGCCGUGGUGUUACUAUCCAGAAUGUUACAAUAGUUAUAAUACAAUUAAUAUUUCAAAGACAAGUACUGGAAUAGUAGCAUUUUAUAAUUUAUCAAUAGCUUCUAAUUACAAAAAAAAUAUACAAAUCUUGCGUCUGGAUGUUACUUUUGAAACUACACAAAGACUACGAAUUACGAUUGAUGAUGCUGUUCAAAUACGUUACAAGCCACCCUUCCCAAAAAUUAACGAUUUUAAAGGAAAACCGAUUCAAAGAAAUGAUAGCUUAAUAAUAUCUGAUUUCGUUGUAAGAAUUGCUAAGAAAGGAGUUGGAUUUGCUAUUAUUCGAAAAGUAGAUAACACAGUUUUGUUUGAUAGUCGAAAUAUUGGGGGUUUUAUAUUUUCUGAUCAAUUUAUUCAAUUUUCGGCUUUACUACAAUCAAAUUACAUUUAUGGAUUGGGAGAACAUAGAACUAAUUUAGUCUUGGAUUCAAAUUGGAAAACCUAUACAAUGUUUAAUCAUGACAGUACUCCAAAACCUGACAUUAAUGGCUAUGGCUCACAUCCGUUUUAUUUAUUAAUGGAAAAAUCUGGAAAGAGUCAUGGAGUUUUUUUAUUUAAUAGCAAUGCUAUGGAUAUUAUAUUGCAGCCUGCCCCUGCAAUUACAUAUCGUGUAAUUGGCGGAAUUUUGGAUUUUUAUUUUUUUUCUGGGCCAACCCCUUCAGAUGUUAUUACUCAGUACACUGACAUUAUUGGUAGACCAUUUUUACCUCCUUAUUGGUCUUUAGGUUUCCAUAUGAGCCGAUAUGGGCAAACUUUUGAAGAUCUCGUUCAAGUUUAUAACAGGACCAUAGAAGCUGGUAUUCCUUGGGACACUCACUGGAAUGACAUUGAUUAUAUGGAUAAUAAAAAUGAUUUUACACUUUCUAACAAUUUUAAGCAACUACCUGAAUACGUGAAUUGUUUACACAAGAAUGGAAUGCACCAUGUAGUUAUUUUGGAUCCAGGCCUUAAAUCACGACAAUCAAAUGGAACAAUUUAUGUCCCUUUAAAGGAUGGUCUAAGCGACAAUAUUUUUAUUAAAAACUCUGCUGGUCAACCACUGGAAGGAAAAGUUUGGAAUGAUAUUGGAACAGUAUUUCCUGAUUUCACUCAUCCAAAAGCAACUCAAUUCUGGAAAAACCAGAUUUUAAAUUUUUACAAUAUUGUAAAAUUUGAUGGGUUAUGGUUGGAUAUGAAUGAACCGGCUAAUUUUGUCAAUGGAGAUUUUAAUGGAUGUUCGUCUUUUAAAUCUGAUCACUGGGAAUCACCUCAAUAUAUCCCUGCUAUAGUUGGGGGCCAUUUGAACUAUAAGACUAUUUGCAUGUCUGCAAGUCAUUUUGCUGGUGUUCAUUAUGAUUUGCAUAAUUUAUAUGGACUUGCUGAAACUAUGUCCACUCACGAUGCAUUGUCAGAUAUAAGGAAUACCAGACCUUUUGUCAUUUCUCGAUCUUCUUAUCCUGGUUUUGGACAUUAUGCUGGUCACUGGACUGGAGACAUAAACUCUUCAUGGGAUGAUAUGAAGCAAUCCAUAACAGAUAUAAUAAAUUUUAAUUUAUUCGGCAUUCCCCUAGUCGGGGCAGACAUAUGUGGUUUUCACCACGACACUACUGUUGAGUUGUGCUCAAGGUGGAUUCAAUUAGGCGCCUUCUAUCCAUUUUGUAGAAAUCAUAAUGGCCAGUACAUGAAAGACCAAGAUCCAGCAGCUUUAGGAUCAAAAGUUUUGUUAUCUGCCAAAAAAUCGUUGAGUACUAGAUAUUAUUUAUUGCCAUAUUUGUAUUCUUUGUUUUGGAAAGCUCAUGUCCAUGGAGAAACUGUUGUUCGACCUUUGUUUUUUGAGUAUCCAUUGGAUGAUAGAACAUAUGACAUAGACACUCAGUUUCUAUGGGGCGCAGCCUUACUAAUCCUACCAGUUUUAAAAGAAAAAAAUCAUCAUGUGUAUGUGUAUCUCCCAAAAGAUAUAUGGUAUGAUUUCUACAACAAAACUGCAAUAAUGAGCGACGGAAAUCAUUUUGUUAUAACAGCUUCUGCCGACACUAUACCCUUACUGGUACGAGGGGGUUAUAUUAUACCCACACAAAUGCCUGCUUUAACUACAACAUUAAGUCGUAAAAAUCACUUUGAACUCUUAGCAGCAACUAAACACGACCAAGCAACUGGUUUUUUAUUUUUUGACGAUGGAAAGUCUUUAGAUGCUUGGAAAAAUGAUUCAUAUAACAAAGUACAAUUUAACCUUGCAAACUCUACAUUUUCCAGUAGAGUAGAUAUGAAUAGUUAUAUUGAUGAACCCUUUGUGUUACAAAAUAUUACCAUACUUGGUAUCAAACAAGGACCGACCAAUUCACAAGUUAAUGGAAUUCCGUUCAAUGAUUAUUACUUCAAUAAAACCGAACAAGUUUUAUACUUCAAAAUGUUAAACUUAAAUCUAAGGACGCCAUUCAAUUUAACGUGGUAAAUUGUGUGCAUUUUUAAUAAAUAAAUUUACUUACACAUAAUAAUAAAAUAUUUGAAAUAAAUGCCCAAUAAUAACCAAAAAUGUGGUCGAUGUUCAGUUUAUAUUUUUGGCUCAAGUUCUAACACCCAGACAUUCCAUUUUAUAAAUAAGAAAGGAAUUGAGAAACUACCAAGUAAAUAUUCAUUAGAAAUUAACAAUUAAUUAGUUCUAUCAUUUCUUUAUGUUAUGUCAUAAUAUAUGAUGGAAACCAUACUUCAAGUGUAGAAUAGUCAGAGAUUCAUAAAUAUGAGUAUUGUGGUAAUUUAAAAAUGUCCUGUGUGUAAAAAUCUUUUCAUCAUCCACUGAUUGAAACUAAUUAUAACGUAUAAUAAGUAUACAAUAUUCAUAUUUAUAAAAUAUAAUGUAUUCAAGUUAAUGAAUAAUAUUAUAUUUAAAAUAGAGUUAUUGUUUAUUAAAAUGUAUACUGUAUGUAUUUUAAUUGUAUCUACGAUGUAUCUAUGUACUAAGAUUUAUUGGUUUUACAUUUUAAAUUAUUUAUAGUAAUUACAUACGUUAUUAGACAGUAAGUGGUUUUAAUGCCAGAGUUUAUAUUAAUUAAAUUACAUUUGUAUUAAUUAAAUCCUAUCACAUUUUAUUUACUUAAAAUAGAUGUAUUCAAAUAAAUUAGUAACAUAAAAGUUAAUUUUCUAAUAAUAAAGAACAUCUUUUUUCCUUAAAAUAAAUCACUGUAGUAAGCUUGUCGUUUCCAUCAUCAAAUGUUUCAAAUUAAAUAUCUAAUUGUCUAAAAGUAAAACAACAUUAUCUGUUAUGUCUGUACAAUAAAUAUUUAUUAAUUAAAUACAGGUAUAAAAUUAACUUAAAUUAAGUAUUUAAUCACAAUUACAAUUUAAUUUAAUUAUAAUUAAUUACAAGUUCCAAAUCAAUCUAGAUAACCAAUGCAUUAAGUAAUAUCAAGUUAAAAUUUAAUUUAAAUGUGAAAGUAGAUUUAGUUUGACUUUAUAUUUAAUAUUAUCUGAAUUUUCCUUAGUGAAAUAAAAUAUAC